AUGAUCCAUUCUGCGGAGGGGGACGUCAGUCCGCAGAGGCUUCUCCGCGGAGUGAUGUGUUUCCUCCGCGGAAUGCUUAUAAUCCAACAUGCAGCCUCCGCGAUGCAAUCCACACCAAAAUUGAAGAAAAUCACCAAAGCAAAGAAAAAAAAAGUGGUGAAGCGUCCUGAAAAAGCAAAUGAAGCCAUUGUGAAUGAAGAGAGUAAUGAUGUUUCAAAUCAUCUCCUGCUCGACAGUGUUGAAGCUGGCAGUUCUAUUCCCCAUAAACGUUCCUCAUGCCCAUUGGUUUUUGGCAGUGCUACAUUUAGAUAUUUGGGGAAAGUACACAUUUAUGAUUCAGCACGAUGUAUGAAUUACUUCACAACGUACUUGACUGGUGGAGAAUUCAAAAGUUUUAGGGAUAGUAUAAUCGAAGAGCUAGAUGCGAUUGACUACUGGAAGGAUUUCCCCGAUGGACACAAAGACAACGCAGUUGUGGAGUUUAUUGAUAUUGUAGACGCGCCACAACAAGAAUAUAUUACUAAUAGAGGGGAUUGUGGAGUAUUCGUAAGCAUGUAUAUGGAAAUGAUUGCUUCGGGGGUACCGGUGAAGAGUGAUAAGCCAUGUAGAGAUGCGGGAUUUCUCUACAGAAAUAGGAUGACAAAUAUUAUUUGGGAUACUAAAUAA